AUGCAGAGCGUCGGCGGCUCGGCGGUCCUCUCGCUGGCCUACGCCGUCGUCGCCGACGUGACGGUGCAUUCGGAGCGGGGCCGCUUUCUGGCCCCUAUGCUGACGGCGACCAACAUCGGCCCUUGCAUCGGGCCUAUUAUUGGUGGCGGAGCCGUGCUUGCGUCGGGGGAUCCACGGUGGUGUUUCCGCGCGCUUCUGAUCUUCGGCGCGUCCGCUGUGUUCCUCAUUGGAUGGGUCCAGCCCGAGACGGCGCGGACUGUGGUGGGUAAUGGUGCUGUCCCGGCCAAGGGGCUCUGGAGGACGUGGUGGAGUUUGUUAUUUGCAUGGCGGGCAAAGAGAAAAAAUGUGAAGGAGACAAAGGAAGAGGAGAAGAAGGCCGCUCAGCCUGAUCUUGAACAGCAAAGUGGUCAGAACAAUGCCGGACAACAAGAAACGGAAGCCGCAGUCAGCGUGGAAACGGACGCAAACACGGGCAAGAUAGGCCGAGGGAAGUUCAUCUUCCCCAACCCCUUACCGUCUGUCCGCAUUGUUUUCUACCCCGACACAUUCCUCACCCUGUGGCUGGCCGGCUGCCCCUACGCAUUGUGGUUCUGCGUGCAGACCUCCAUCACGCCGGUCUUCAGCCGGUUCUACGGCUUCAACCCCCUGGAAGUCGGCUGCUGCUUUCUGGCGGGCGGCGCCGGCAUCAUAGCAGGCGGUUUCGUGGCUGGCCGACUCAUGGACCGCAACUACAAGCACGUUGCCAGAAAGGCCGGCUUCACCAUUGACCGGGUCCGCGGCGACGACAUCGCGCGCUUCCCCAUCGAGCAGGCUCGCUCCCGGUGGUCGAUCACCAUCACUGGCGUGUCGAUGUGCUUCGUGAUCGGCUACGGUUGGCUGGUCGAGCGGCGGGUCCACCCUGCCGUGCCUCUGCUCUUCCAGGCCUAUCUUGGAUGCAAGUGCACCGUCCUCCAUCAGACGUACAGUGCCUUGAUUGUGGACAUCUUCCCCAAAGCGACAGGGACAGCUGCGGCGUCAAACAACAUCACGCGUUGCACCUUAGCUGCGGCAGCGGUUGCGAUGUUGGAUCCCUUAGUCAACGCUAUGGGAUAUGGGUGGGUGUUCACGCUUCUGGGUCUGUUUGAUGCGGUGAGCUGCAUCCUCGCUGUAUUGGCGUUGCAGAGGUGGGGUCGUGGUUGGCGGGAUGGUCGUGCGGAACGCCUCAAGAAUGCCGCUGGUGCAUAG